AUGGUCUUCUCACUCCGCAAAGCUUUCGCGGCCGUCCUCGCUUCGACGGCAGCAGUCUAUGCCCUCCCAUCGGACUCAACAGCAGCGGCCGUCGACUCGACAACCGUCUCCGCCGAGUCCUCCAACACGACGGCCUGUAACAACUCGCCCUCGCUCUGCAGCCGCAAGUACAACAACAUCACCCACAUGGGCGCCCACGACAGCGCCUUCCUCCGCGACGCCAGCACCCAGAACUCUAUCGCCGGCAACCAGUACCAUAACGCCACCGUCGCCCUCAACUCGGGCCUGCGCCUGCUCCAGGCCCAGGUCCACCUCGUUAACGGUACCUCGGGCAACGUCCUGCAGCUCUGCCACACCACCUGCAGCCUGCUCGACGCCGGCACCCUUGAGAACUGGCUCUCGGCCGUCAAAGACUGGAUGGACAAGCACACCAACGAAGUCGUCACCAUCCUCCUCGUCAACUCGGACAACCAAGCGGCCUCGGCCUUUGGCAAGGUCUUUGAGUCGUCCGGCAUCGCAAAGUACGGCUACAAGCCCUCGUCAUCCUCGGCCACUUCGAACUGGCCCACCCUGCAGACCAUGAUCGACGCCGACACCCGCCUCGUCACCUUUGUCGCCUCCAUCACCGCCGAUGCUAACUAUCCCUACCUUCUGCCCGAGUUCUCGUACGUCUUCGAGACCGACUACGAGGUCACCUCGGCUGCCGGCUUCAACUGCACCGUCGACCGCCCCUCGACCUACUCGUCCGCCACCGCCGCCGUCUCGGCCAACAUGUUGCCCCUGAUGAACCACUUCCAGUACCAGAUCCUCGCCGCCGACAUCCUCAUCCCGGAUGUCAGCGAUAUCGAGACCACCAACUCGGCCAGCACCACCACCGCCGGUGCCCUCGGCCUGCACGCCCGGACCUGCAAGGCGGAGUGGGGCGUCAAGCCCGUCUUCGUCCUCGUCGACUUCUUCGACAAGGGCCCGGCCAUCGACACCGCCGACUCGCUCAACGGCCUCUCGGAGUCCGACAUCUCGGGCCGCAGCAGCAGCAACAGCGCGACGGCCCGCUCGAGCAGUGCCAAAUCCGCCGGCAGGUCCCCCGGCAUGGAGACGGGCGCCCUCGUCGCCUUCCUCGCGGCCGCCCUCUUCUUGUUCUAA